UGGUGAUUUUUUCAGGCGAUUGAGUGCUCCUUGGGCAUUUUUUGACAUCUGUAGAUUGUGAUGUGAAAUGCUCCGUGUUCGUGCUGCAAUAGCCAGCGCUAUUGCAGCACUAGUCUGCAGAGUGGCAGUAACUGGAGUGAUAGACAGUUAAGCAAGAUGUAGGCAUAAACGGAGGCCGAAAUAGCCACAGAAGCAAUAUUCAGACAGAGAUAAGUGCCCUAAUUUUUGGCGGUGCUAGUGUUGAUUUGGAGACCGGACACACGCGCAUGCGUUAACCUUGCUUAGCUAACUAGUUUGCCAUAGCAGGAGCAUGGUAUGUUCGUAGGCGUCCUUGUGUUGUUUUUUCAGUAGGCUGAAUUUAUUUCCGUAGUCUGAAUUUUCAUCCCUGCUUCAGAUUGAAAUGCAACUAGAUUUUGAGUUGCAAUAGUCAUGUGUUUUAGUUCAACAACAGUCAUGUUUCAGUUUGUUGUCAGAUGUAGCGCAGCACACCAUUUUUCUCUUUUUAGAUUUAGUCUGGUGAGAACUAUGUUUUUUGUGAGAUGAAGUGAUGUGUUCAGAUUUCCAGUUUUCGUUAUAAAUAGGAAGUGUCCGUUUUAGAUGUAGUGUUUGUGUUUCAAAUUGUGGGAUGUAGUCUAGUUUUAAGUGCAGCACAACUUCAAUUGUUAUAUAUCAGAGGUAGCACAACAAUGCAACAAUGCCAACUGUGUUCAUGCUAGUUCCUUGUUAUUUUUUGUAGAUUGGACGAUGACGAAUCUACUGCUGAUGGGUCAUUCUCAACAUGCUUCUCAGCCACACGGUUGCGCCAGGUUGCUGUUGAGCAGCUCGAAGAAAAGGACAUUAUAAGCAGAUGCAGCUUUGGAUCCCUCUUGAAUAUCAGCUCGUUCUCUGUGCCGCAUGAUCUGCUGGACUGGGUAGUCAUGAAAAUCGACACCAAAAAGGGCCUGUUUAGAAGUCAAUUUUGUUUUCAAGAGACAUGGUGCGCAAAAUUUUCAAUGUUCCUUCUGGGUCAAGGCCAGUGGAGCUGUUGAGGAGGAAUGAGCCACACAUGUUGCGUGAACCCUAUCGAGUAGGGUCAAGGGCUCCAAUGAAGCGGUGUAUUCAAGUGCUCAAGAAUGCAGAUGUUGAUGAUGUUGUUACAAUAAACAGGUCAUGGGUUUUAUUAUGCAUCGCUCUUGUGCUAUCUCCUGGGACUGGCAACAUGGUACCCCUAGAGUAUAUUGCGAGCUUGGUGGACAUGGACAAGAUCGAUGAUUUCGCAUGGGAUGAGCACUUCUUGGCUACUGCGUUGAAGGAGGUUAAGAAGUACCAACGGAAGAGGGAGGAAGGGAGGAGUGGCUUUUGGAUCGGCGGUUGUCUGCCAAUGUUUGCGAUAAUUUAUAUGGACUUUGUUGAUGUGCCUCGGUCGUUGGUUUCUCAGCAUAGGAUUAACUACUCUCUCCCAAGGGCAUGCUUCGUAUGCAACAACGAUUUCAAGUUGGUAGAAGAAAUUGACAAGAACAAGCUCAGCCUCGAUAAGAUUGAAUUUGGAAAACAGAAUGUAAGAGCUCAUUCUUAUUGUAAGCAGAUUCCAGAGCACUUGAUACCAAUAUAUGAGAAGCACAAAAAGUUGCACGCAGUAGAAGUGAAGAAUGUUCUCUUGUCGUUCGGUCAGGUUAUCCAGUCAGUGUUCUGUAAGCGUGUAGCAUCUAUCUUGGUUGAAGCAAACUCCACCACAACAAGCACCAAGGAGCAGAUCUUCGAGGACGUUACAUUUCAUGCUCCAGCAGGCAAUGCAAGCAGUGCAGCCAACGUAGGAGCUGUAGAUCAAACCAGCGUUCCCCCCAAUACUAGCCCUGCUCCACACAUGAGUGUUGUAGCACAACAACCUGGGGAUGACAGGGAAGUUGCAGGUGAUCCCGAUAGCAACCAGAGUGGCAAUUAUCAGGACAUUGGUUUGGAUAAAAGGUAGAGUUGCGAUACACUUAGGAAGGAAGAUGUGCAGCUUGGUGAGGAUAAGUGGGAACGGGAGGAGGUGGCUGAAGAUGUUGUGGGAGAUUUGAAAGUUUCAGGCGCUAAUGACGAGGUUGAGAGAGCUAUCAUUUUAUCACAGGGUACGGUGGCCGCCUUGUUAGUGUUAGAGUUUGAACCGUUUAUCUCAUGUAAUCUCAAACCUAUCUCUAUCUCUUUCAUCUCCCGUAGCUAUCUCUAUCUCCUAAACCGAACCAGAUCGGUAUUCUCUCUGGACUUGUACGCUACGGCAAGGCUCUUUCGGCCUCAA